CGGGAUAGUGAGAGUCCUGGAAUUUCUCCAAUUUCCUGCGGAACAACCGGCAGGCCAUGAGAUACCAGGACUUGCGAUAGAACACAUGAACUCGUAGGGCUGGGAUGCCACGUUGCGAUCGUCAAAACAUACAACACGAAUCCUUUAUGAGACGAGGCUAACGGGACCGUUGGUUUGCUCUGAAGUUGCCAGGCGCAUCGAAUUGUGACUAUUGAGGUUUCAGUCAUUUCGGAUACCUUCUCGAGUACUCUCCUAUUGGCCCGGUCAAAAUGGUCUAUUGCGGGAAGCCGUCAAAAGGAUGCCAGGCUUGCAGAGAGAAGAAGACUAGAUGUGACAGAGCAGUCCCAUCAUGUGGUCAAUGCAUUCGGAAACGUCGUGUCUGCCCGGGAUAUCGGAACGAACUGGAUCUUAUGUUUCGGAUCCAGAACGAGGAUGUCAUCGGGAAGGCCAGAGCGAAAGCAAAUGCGAAGCCAAAGGAGAAGGGCCUUGCAUCAUCGUCAGUCACAGCUGGCGACGAGGUCGAUGAGACCACGGUUGAAAAGGCUGUGCUAGAGUUUUCCCGUCAUAUCGAAAAUCCCGGAUACUGGGCGUUGUCACUGAUCCCACCAAGUAGGAUGGCUUCGGAUAUUGAUGACAGAGCUCGCUGUUUCUUCAAAGCAAAUGCAGGAAACUGGGGCCGGAAUUUUGACCUCGUAGAAACCCUGGUCAGCCAGACACAUGGCGAUGAACAUCUUCUUGCCAGCCUUACUGCUGCGGGUCUCGCCAGUCUCUCGAACUCCGUGAACUCCCCUCAACUUAUGAUCCAAGCAAGGAGACGAUAUGUUUCUGCACUCAGGCUCACAAAUGCAGCAUUGAGAUCGCCAACGGAAGCCAAGAAAGAUAGCACAUUAUUUGCAGUCAUGAUUCUAGGUAUCUUCGAAACCGUUGCUGGAAGCAACGAACAGUCUUUGCUGGCUUGGACAGAACACAUGAAUGGCGCCGCAGCUCUCCUCAAGCUUCGAGGCGUCAGCCAACUCAGCACAGAGGCUGGACAAAGAAUAUUCUACCAGGUAACAUCCAACCUAAUGAUUACUUGUAUACAACGCAUUAUCCCUAUGCCAGCGCAUGUCAUCGAGAUACGAAAGCAAGCGGAAAAGGUAAUGGAUACAUCGCAUCCAGCCUGGGUCCUAUCAUCUAUUAUAAUUGACUUCACGGUCUUCAGAGCUGCCGUCCAUGACCGUCGGAUCGUGGGGACUAGAGCAGUUAUCGACGGUGCACUCGCCUUAGAUCAACGAUUCAUCGACAUUUUCUCGAACGUCCCUCCAGAAUGGCGUUACGUGGUCAAACACACGGAUGAAAUGCCUCAUUUGGUGUGGAAUAAGACAUAUCACGUAUAUAGUUACGCGUGGGUCGUGCAGCUCUGGAACGGCAUGCGUACUUGCCGCAUCUUACUGCACCAAAUUAUUCGCAGGCACUUGAGCAAUGACGCCGUGGCACCCGUGCCCGAAUUCACAUAUGAAGAAGCAGUAGCUCAAAUGGCGAGCUCUGUCUCCAUCACACUCCAACUACAACAAGACAUCCUAUCCAGCAUAUCUCACCAAUCCAUAGCCUUCCAAAAUCCAAACGACCCGUCAUCCACCCUUUCAGGCUCGCGCAACUCAUUCAUCAUUCAUCCGCUUUACCUGAUAGGCGCUCUCGAUUUAAGCACGGAGGAAAUUAAGGAUUGGGUGGUGGCUCGUCUGAGACUGCUGCAUGACAGCGCGGGGAUUCGACAGGCCGGUGUGCUGGCGGCUUACUUGAGUAGGAGGCAGGAGUUCUGGGACCAGGCGCUGGCUCUGAGAACUUUGCGUAGGGCGCCUGAACAGGUCCGUGGCUGAGGCUCUACCCACAGAGAGUGGUGAGAAGGGAAGGACAGAGGACGCAGCCGGUGUAUCUAAAGCUCACUGAAGCGUUUCAUAUACACAAAGGCA